AUGCGCAUAGCGCAGAAAAUAUCCAAGAUGGCGGACGAUGACAAACUAGACAGUCACAAACAUCGAAGAAAGAAAGCUGGUACGCCUGAAUGGAGUGAAACCUGCAUUGGUUUUUGGAGCAAAACAUAUAAAGAAAUACCUGGCAAAGAAAAUGAAGAACAGAGAAGAUGCAGGGGGAUUAGUAUACUACAUUUAAAUAAGGUAUAUAACGUAUAUUGUAUGAACGUUUGAGAGUAAAAAGUAAAAAAUAAAGAUGUAGUAAAAAAUAAAGAACUAGGAGUAGUGUUAAGAAUACAUUUCUUUAUUCCUAGUUUGCCAGUGCUAACAAGGCCAAAAGUAUUCCAACCACUGGAAUUGAGAUUGUUAUACGAGAAGGAGGUCAGUUGUUAAUUAAGUAUUCUUGCUGUAAUACAUUUAUAUAAAGUUGAGGAAGAAGCUCUUAAUUUAUACUUCCCAGUUCCCACCACCCUGGGAUAGUUUUGUUUCGUGGUUGUUUUAUAUAUGUAUAUUGUUCUUAUAUGGCAGACAAAGUAUCUGCAACACGUAACCUUCAUCCUUUCCUUGGCAUCUUCGUAGAUGAAAAAAUUGUAGACAAAAAGAUGAAAGACAUGGAAAGGUAUACACAUAUAAAUACUCUAUACAAAAUAACAGUAACUCUAAAUAACAUUUUGAUUUUUAAUCGACGUUUCUACUAGUUAGUCAUCCUCACUAGUAGAAACGUCGAUUAAAAAUCAAAAUGUUAUUCGGAGGUACUGUUAUUUAAUUUGUAUUUUCUUAAAAUACUGAGUGGUUCCCCGUUAAAUAAUACUCUAUAUUUCUACAGUAAGAUUUCAGGUUGACAGGGUAGCAGAUGUUUGUCAACUUUAAAAAAUAUCAACACUGAUAAGAGAACCACAAAAGUUAAACUGCAUUCUUCAAUUAGCCUUUAUCUCACAUUGGAGUUAUUUAUUUGUCACUUUUGAAGUACUAUUAAGUCUGAGCCUGAGUGUACUCACUGCAAAAUCCAACUGUUUAUCAGUGCUGUAGUUAGGUGUAUAAUAGUAAAUUUGCAGUUAGAACUUUGUUAGAUCAAAACUGUCUAGAUUCUCGAUCUGAUUUGGGAGACCGUAGUGCAAUACGCAUAUAUGGUUACAUAUAUGAGAAUAGUUCAUUCUAUUGUAGAAUAAUAUUGAGAAUAGUUCAUUCUAGUGAUUGACCGAUUGUGCAACAAUCAGAAAUUGCUGAUUAUUCAUGCCACAAUCUGCCAGAUACCGAUUUUAUAAUGAUAUCAUAAUAUCAGUUGAGCAAGUAAAGGUGACAUCAUUCAUGACGAUUCUUAACAAUAUUUUCCAAUGUAACAUUUUGUGUACUACAACCAAAGAUUGUUAAAACCGUUAAUAAAUUUGUGCUUCACUGCAUUGAAACGCAACAUGUAAAGUGUGUAUUUUCUCAACAAUUGGUUUUAGACAAUCUGAAAUAUAGAUAAUUCUGCCAAUUCCCAUUGUCUACCGAUAAGGCAAACAUUGGCCUGAUACCGAUUGUCGGACAAUCUUUACUAUUUGCCACCAAAUGGAAUAAAUAACAUUGUUCUCACUUUGAUAACUGCUGGUUAAUGACAGAAAUACUACCUGAAAUUAUUGCCAUAUGUGGGACUACUUUGAUUAUUAUUCAUAGCACUCAAGAUGGAAAAGUCGAUGGAGACAAACUGAAAGAUCAAUCUGAUGAGAUAACUCCUAAAAUUAUUGAGCAAGUUGUAGAAAAUUGGGGCAAGAGAUGCCAUAAUAUUGGCAAUAGAUUGGUAAAAUACUACCAUGACCCAAGCUCAAGUACAGGUGAAUAUUGCACACAUAUUGAGUGAUCACAUCUAUUGUCUGCUCAGUACUGUCACAGUCGUGUCAUUCCCGUAAAGAACUUAUCAAAAUCAGUAAAAUUGCAAAAUUUGGUUACGAAAUGUUGUAAAAUACAGAAAUAUAGCCUCGCGAAGUUUGCAUAUUUUCAGUAUUUUGAACCAAAAAUGGUAACAAUUUCCGCACGUAAUACAAAUAUACUGAAAAUAUGCAAAAUUCGCAAGGCUACAUUUUCUGUAUUUUACAACAUUUCGCAACCAAAUUUUGAAAUUUUACUAAUUUCAUUACGUUCUUUUUAACUGUUGUGUUUGAUUCCCUUCUCUUCACUUAGAUUAAAAUUUAGUCUAACAUGCAAGUUGUCCAUUUCUGUCUUUUAUUAGAAAUUUUGACAGAUGUUAAAAAAGGUGUAUCAAGUGGAUAUGAGACUACACUUCGUAUUUUAUCAUAUUGUCAGCCUCAGGAAAAGGCCAAGCAGGUACGUACAGUAACAGUAAUCAAGAAUAUAUUUAAUUAAUUUAAUAUUGCUUUGGCUUAUAUUGUUUAAAAUUCUUGAUUUUCAGAUAUCUAAUUUUAUAAGUGAGCGUUUGAAAAAUGCUUCAAAAUGGUGGAAAGAGUGA